AUGGCUGGGCCGUGGGUUUUUCCCCGUGAAAACCUGGGGUACAGUCAGGAGCUGGACCUUCAGAGGGGCCAGCUCUUGGAGUGCCAUCUGUAUGAUGAAAACGGGGCCCAGCAAGGACAGGGGCUCUGGAAUAUCCGCCAACAAGUGGACAAGAAGAAGGACGGGAUUUGGAUGAGAGCCCGUCUGGUCGCUGUGAGCGAUGAGCACCUUAAGUGGUGGAUAACAGAAGGACCAGGUGCAGCACAGCAGCGUCAGUUCCACUUGCACAUUUGUUGCACCGAAGCCCCAACAUGCAAAAAACGCAUGAAGUCUCCAAGCUUGGAGUUUCACACGGACUAUUUCCGGCUGCUGGCCGCGGGUAUGAUAACAGAGAAAAAGGUCCCUUGGUUCAAGGACGAGCCAGCCAAAGCGGACAUUGCUGCAGAGAUUUCACGCCUCGCGGGGCAGAAGGCGCCUUCUGAAAGAGGGCCGGCGAGAAAGUCAGGACAGCCACUGGCAUUCUCUGAGUCCGAUGCAGGACAAGAUGCCGAGGCAUUGGCGGUGGUUCCACCCGAGGGUGAGGAUGUUGAAGAGUUGAAAAACCUCAGGCGCGAUGUCGGAAAGGACAAGCGCGACAAGAAACGAAAAAAGAGGGGCCGGGAAAAAGAAGGGCCCGUUAGAAAGAGGCGGAGGAGCCCCACUGAGGCGGAGAAGGGACCCUUGUGGUUCGGCAAGGAAAAGCAGGCUGAGCAGCGCGACAGCUCAGUGUCAUCUGCUAGCUCCUCUUCUUCUUCGAGCCACUGCCAGGAGGCCAAGAAGGAGAAAUCCAAGAGCAGCAAGCAGAAGAAAAAGGGCAAGAAGGCAGACAAAAAGAAGGGAGACAGAGGCCCCUUUGGAACAGGGGCAAAAAUGGCCUUUGGCCACAGCGAGGCAACGUCCAUCAGCUCAGAUGAGGAAGGCGAUGAUGGGCAGUCUUUUCAAGCGGCCCCCUCCGGGAAAUCACGGCAGCUGCAGCUGCUGGAAUACGCAGAAAAGCACCCAGGGAGGUUAGCCAGCAGGCUACUGACCAAGAUGAAGGUGCUACUAGCCCGCGAGGGGGAGGGGGCCAUGACUCAACAUGGAAGCGGGCAGGAGAACCUGACGCCGUCGACGGCGACGAGUUACUUCCUGACGGUGCUGGUUCCCCUACACCGGGAGAGGCUGAAUAUCCGCGUGCAGCGCGAGAUGAGGACGGUUGCGAAGGGUCUGGAUCUUAUAGCAAUGGGCCAUCCCGAGAUGGCAGCGGACGUGCUAGCGCAAAGGCUGAAAGCGUUAGAGCUCAUGGUCAACGAUCAGAGCUGGGCUCGAGCGACUCAUGUCGAACUCCUCCCAGCCGAGGGCGCCACCCUCAUCGAGCCCGACGAGAGCUGGGUCGCAACAAGGGAGCACGUCUUCGAGAGCAAGCUCCGCAACUGGAAAGGCAAAGGAGUAGGGAAAGAAGUAGAAGGAAAAGGUCGCCCUCGCGAGGACAAGGGCAAAGGCAAGAAGGGCGGAGCAGACCUCGAAGUGAAAACCAAGGACUCGCUUGAUGAGUCUUCUGAUUUUGAUGAACUCGGUGAUGAUGAGCUGGAGCCGGCCAUGACCGACUCUGAAGACGAGGCGGCAAUGGUCCCUUCCCCGUGGGACGCAGCGGCCCCAAUGGACCUGACAGCAGAAUCCAGCCUGCGGGCUUGUAAAACUCUGGGAGAGCUGUCGGACGUAGCGGUCAAGGCCUUUAAGGCAGGCAUGACCUUCGGAGACAUGGCCAAGCAUCUACUGGACUUCAUGUGCCAUGCACCCACACCUCUGGGCUGGGGUAAACCGAUCGGGGUGCCGAUGGACCCGGUACUCACCCCCAAUCAAAAGGCAGCCAUCAAAUCCCUGGCAGAGAUGGUGACCACAAACAUCAUCUCUGCUGAUCCGGUGGGCUCGUUGGGUGAGGCUCGUGAGCUCUUAGCAUCCAAGCGUUACGACUAUGCAGGGGCCCCCAUUGAAUACAUGGAGGAUUUGGUUGCGGAAAAGGUGGCCCCUGCCUGGCCGAGGCCAAGUGAAGCAGGGGUACAACCAAUUGAGAGGUACUUGAGUGCAGAGACGGCUGAUGCCUUCAAGUACCCGGACAAGUUGGAAAGAGAAGUUGGUGGACGGCCAGCGGGUGAGAAUGCGGUGACGAUACCGUUGAAGGGAGCUCAGGACACGCUCCCCUUCAUUGGCACCAUGACCUCCAUUCAACUUGAGGAAGAAGACAUGGCGUACAUGGAAAGUGAAGACCUUCAAUCGGCCUUCAACUUGUUUGCAGCCCCUGACCAGUGGUUGCCGUACUUUGCAGACUCAAAAAAGGUAGAUGGCCCAGCUUUUGGAUUGGCCAGUGGCACCAUGGUGAGGCCAGCGUUGGCGGUGAUACCCAUGGGGUGGCAUUCGGCGGUUGGUUUGGUCCAGGAAGCCGUCCGAACCCUGGUCUUCGAACGGGCACAAGUUCCGAAGUCACUGUCGAUUGAAAAAGGAAAGCCCUUGCCCCAGUCGGACACAAAGGCCAUUGUCUAUCUCGACAAUUUCGAUGAGAUCCACGUGGUCAAGAAGUUGUCAGAGGACUUCACAAAGGAAGGGUGCGAGAUGUCUGAAUACCACAAGAGGUUUGUGGAGGUGUGCGAUCAGGAUGGGCUUCCGAGGAAUGCAGGGAAGCAACUCAUCCACGCAUAUGCAGGUGGGCUUCAAGGAGGCCUUUUGGACGGCAAGAAAGGUGUAUUGAGAGCGGCGCCUGACAAGCUGCAAAAUUUUUUGAAGAUCAGCUUUGCGCUGCUGGCCGGCAAGAAGUGGUCGGAGUUCCACCUGCGGCACUGGGCAGGAAAGGCGGCGUUCAUUGCAGCCUUUCGCCGGAUGUUGUUUUCGAACAUGUUCCAGAUUUUCCCCCUGAUUGAGCAAUCUCGCUGCGGCGAUGUUCUCCCAACACGGGAUUGCCUGGAUGAGAUUGUCUGCGUAGGCGUCCUGAGUGUGAUUGCUCAGGCAAACCUACGUGCGCCCGUGAGUGAAGAAAUCAGCUGUACUGAUGCGUCACCUACUGGGGGCGCCACAGCGGUGGCCAAGAAGUUCAAGAUCUCAUACCUCCAGGUACCUGACGCUCAAGAGGAUGAUGGUAGGUGCGCCUGGUGUGAGGAGCCCCAUGAACCAGGCCAAGUCACCUACCCAUGCAGCAGAAAAUGCGGCCUGCGGGCCUGUUCGCCCAUGUGUGCGUUCACCCACGCAGAAGGAAAUUGCACACGGAAAGAACUGGAUGCCCCCACGUUUGGUGAGCGCUUUGCUGGGCAGAACUUUCCGCUUACACAGGCGGUGGCCCUGGAAGGGAUUGCCAUACAACCUCCACUUGACAUAAAGAUUGCCUCCUAUGCUUGGGAUUAUUUCAGUGAAUCUGGCAAGCGGAAGUUGGACCUCAUGGAGAAUGAUUGCAGCUUGGCCGCCACACAUUGGGCGCCCGAAUGCAAAUCUUUCACGGCAGCGCGCGGCAGGCCCAUCACGUUGCCGAGCGGAAGAACCAUUCCGGGCCCCAAAGCUCUCAGGUCAAGGGAACGGCCCUGGGGUCUACCGAACCUUUCCAAGGACGGCUUGCAAGGUUUCAAGGAGGCGCUCGAGGCGGGGCGCAUUGUCUCGUUGGAGCACCCUUGGAACUCCCUGCUGUGGUGGACGCCUGAAGCGGAGGAGCUGUUUGGUGAUGAUCGGGUCGUGAUGAUCGGGUCUGCACCGCCUGCUACUCGAGCUGCUGCUUUUGGGGGCCUUAUGAAGUUCAUGAAACGCCACAUGGCCUGA